CCCGGGGGCGGAGAGCUGCGGGAGGGUGUCAGUGGAGCGUCCAGCGAGGCCCACGUCAUGCUUAUAUUAUAGAUAGAUAGAUAGAUAGAUAGAUAGAUAUACCGAUAUAGAAACAUAUUUUUGUUUGACUCUGAAACACAAAUGAGAUUGAGCAAGGCAUCCUUACCUGCUUAUCCCCGCGAGGUGACUGGCAGGUUGGGCUCCAGAGCCAUCCCAAGACCUGCUGUAGGCAUAUUUUGAUGUCUUUUAGUGCAAGUGGCUGGUACCUGGCACCAGCAUUCUCCACUUGGCUCUGUGGCAGUGAGGAAUGGUAAUGGAAGGUCCUGACAGGAAGACUGAAGUGGUACUGCUGGCCUGUGGGUCCUUCAAUCCCAUCACCAACAUGCACCUGAGGCUGUUUGAGCUGGCCAGAGAUUACCUCCAUGACACAGGAAAAUACAAAGUAAUCAAAGGCAUCAUUUCACCAGUGGGUGAUGCAUAUAAGAAGAAAGGUCUGAUCAGUGCGAAUCACCGAGUGGCUAUGGCAAAACUGGCCACAGAAAACUCAGACUGGGUGGAAGUUGAUGAUUGGGAAAGCUGCCAGAGCGAGUGGCUGGAAACACUGAAGGUUUUAAGGUAUCAUCAUCAAAAGCUUUUAUCUGCUGAUGUCACUAAUAGUCUGCAGGAUGCUGUACCCAUAACAAAGCUGGGACGGAAGAGAAAACAGGAGCCAAAUAGGCAUGAGCCCAUUAAAAAGAAAAAUCAGAGUCCGGUUGUAAAAAGUGUCCCACAGGUUAAGCUGCUUUGUGGAAGCGACAUGCUGGAGUCUUUUGGGAUCCCCAAUCUGUGGAAGUUGGAGGACAUCACUGAAAUUGUGGAAAACCACGGCCUUGUGUGUAUCAGCAGGGCUGGAACCAACGCUCAGAAAUUCAUCUACGAGUCUGACGUCUUGUGGAGACACAAGAAUAACAUUCACCUGGUGGAAGAGUGGAUCACAAAUGACAUUUCCUCCACCAAGAUCCGCAGGGCCCUGCGCAGGGGCCAGAGCAUCCGGUACCUGGUGCCGGAGGCCGUGCGCGCCUACAUCGAGGGCCAGCGGCUCUACGGGGCCGACAGCGAGGACAGGAACGCGGGGCUGCUGCUGGCGCCGCUGCAGAGGCACGGCACGGACCCCAGGGGCUCGGGGGCACUGAGCAGCUGAGGGGCUGUGUGCUGCCUGUGCCCCUGCUGCCUGUGCCCCUGCUGCCUGUGCCCCUGCUGCUGGCAUCCCUGCAGAGGCACGGCACGGACCCCAGGGGCUCGGGGGCACUGAGCAACUGAUCAUUCUGCUGCCUGUGCCCCUGCUGCCUGUGCCCCUGCUGCCUGUGCCCCUGCUGCCUGUGCCCCUGCUGCCUGUGCCCCUGCUGCCUGUGCCCCUGCUGCCUGUGCCCCUGCAGGGACACGCCAGCGGCCCCAGGGGCUCACAGGCAGGGAGCAGCUGAUCAUUCUGCUGCCAAACCCGCUGCUGCUCAGAGUGUGCGUUCCAGGGGAUAGUGGGGUUUGCUUGGGUAAGCCCUGGGCUGGUUCCCUACAUCUGUAGUUAGUAAUGGGGUUUGGUGCUCAGUGAUUGCACCUACACAGCCCUUUUCAAGUCCAGUUGUAAGAUUUUCACAUUUUAGUGUUUUGUCCCAGUGCACUGCAGUGAGUAUAAGAAUCCACAUCGGUACGUGAAAAUGGCAAAUGUAGAAGCAAAACAAAUGAAUGUUCUGAUUAGUUUUAACUCAAACUGUUCUAUUUAUAAAACAAUAACACAAAUAUUUUUAUAACUUAGAGUGUUGUAAGGUUAUCUGGUUUCAAGAGGCACCAUUUACUUAGGGUAAAUAUAUGUGGGCGUUUUUUUAAUUGUCAGCAUGUGAUUCACCUCAAAAAUUUAUUUAGCUCUAUUCUGGAAUGGAAGAAUUUCCUCGUGGCUGAAGUGCUGCUAGGUAUAGCAUGCUUUGAGCUGCUUGCCUUUGAGAUAUGCAGCUGCUUGUUUGUUGUCAUGCAGUUUGCUUCCAGAAAUGUCUUGUACUUUACUUUUCCAUUCAUAUCUCCAGGGCUGUAAUGUUAAGCUCAGUAUUGUUUCUGAAGGAAGGACCAACCUACCUCAGGAACUGGUUUAAAGCCAUUGAUUUAAUAGAUAGAAAUUAAUAAUAGUGUCAUUGGGCUGAUUCUCAGACACUCAUCCCUUUAUUACAAAUAAUACAUUUAUUUCAAAUAAUAAAGUAUCUUUUACUUUUGAGCCAUAAGUAGGAUAUGAUUAUAUGUAGCCAGAAUUGUUUUCUGUUCCUAGAGAGAAAAUGGUAGGAUAUCAUUACUGAUCAUAAGUGAAAUAUUUUUCUUUGCUAGAAAUCUGGGUUUGAAUCUAACAGUUUGUCUAUGUUGUAUGAACAUAAGCUGGAGAGGCACUGUCACUGUUGUGGUGACAGAAUUCUACCUCCCUUUAUUUGCUGCUGUCUCAUUUUUGUUUGGAUUUUGUGCCUUAUUAAAAAUGCCAAGGUUUGCAAA